AUGAGUGAGUUCCCGUUGGUGUCACCUAACGUGGAUUCUGAUCGUCCCCCCUUAGGUGCGGCACCCCGUUUCUUCCUUGGAGAGUCGAACUUCAGCGUGUAUGAAGAAAUGGCCAGGCAAUUGAAGGAAAUGGGGUGGUGCGAAGUGCGGUCGAAAGGUUGGCUCCCGACGUGUGAUGUCAUUUUGGGAGAUCGCUUCACAAUUCCAUACCCACUGCUUCGCUGCGAGUGCUUACCACCUACUUCACGUUACAGCGGCAGCAGGUGGCUAAAUUAUUUUCGAGGAUCGCACCGGCUGACGUUAAAGGCAUCCAUGGCACGCCUGUUGCAGAAGGCUGACAGCACCUGCGGAGAGUGGAUGCCGCGGUCAUAUGUUCUUGGUGGUGAUCAAGAGCGACGGAAGGACGAUAGAGAAGCUUUCCUGGAGCACGCAGUGAGGGACCCCACUCAAGUGUGGAUCAUCAAACCGAGCAGUGGCUGCAAGGGAAAGGAUAUUGUGUUGACACGCAGCGUGGCGGAGCUUGAAGUUUUCAUCUCGGAGUUGGACCCGAAGUGCCGCAGAAUAUACUUGGUACAGCAGUACGUUCAGCGUCCGCUGCUCUAUCGAGGGAGGAAGUUUGACAUGCGCGUUUGGGCGCUGCUGAAAUCGCCGUACACAAUAUAUGCCUUUACAAAGGGAAGUUGUCGCACUUCCAGUAGUCCGUAUGACCCAGACGACAUCGAAGACUAUCUCGUUCACCUCACAAAUCACUGCCUACAGGAAGAUGCUCCGGAGUUUGGACAGUACGAGGAAGGCAACGAGUUAUGGUUUGAGGAAGUCGGUGCUUACUUGCAUGAAGUUUACCGAAAGCGAGUCCUUGAGGACCGCAUCCUGCCACAGAUUGCUAGCAUCAUUAUUCGUACACUGCUAGCCGCGCGGGCAGAGCUUCAAGUGCUGGAAAACGAACCCUAUCAAUGCUUCCAGUUGUUUGGUUACGAUGUCAUCGUGGACGAGGGGUUAAGCGUAAUGUUAUUGGAGAUAAACGGAUCGCCGGGGGUCGCGAGCAAGUAUUUGCAGCCACUAGUACGCGAGAUAAUUAAACUCGUCGAUGGAGGCGAGGCGUUGAACGAGUGGGACGUUGAUGCGGUUGGAUUUGUAAAACUCUGGGCGGAGGGCGAUGAAUUGCCUAUCGGGAGCACGUGA